AUGGGACAAGACUAUUCGUACAGCCAGCCGUUUUCGUCAGAUGAGUUCGACAUGACGUACCUUCUUGAAGCAGAGGCUGCUCUUUAUGCGGAUGAAGGACAGAGUAGUUUCUCUGUUGGCGAGCCGGUUCGCAACCCACCUGAGGCUGAUGAUGGCAUCCCAACGAGAUGUUACUGUGGCAGUGAGGCUGCUAUUGCAACAUCUUACACACGAAAAGAUCCAGGGAGGUUGUACUACACGUGCGAGAAUAGAGAUGAUGGGGGCUGCCACAUAUGGAAAUGGUGGGAUGUGGCAGUCACGGAGGAAGUGUUUGAGGUUCAGAGAGAACUCAGGCUGCUUAAGGAGCAAGGUUUCGAGUGUGAUCAGAAGCUGCUUAAGCUACAGAAGACCGUCUGUGAGCUCAAGUUCCUCUGA